CCCUGAUCUUGCUCUGCUUGCUGCCGUUCCUGCUCGGGAAUAUUGCCAUCGAUGAACAGUGAAGGAGCCCAAGACAGCCUCGAUCGUUCGAGGAAGGCGUAUAGAGAUGGAGAUUUAGACAACGCUCUUAAAUUCGCCAGGAAGAGCUUGAAACUCCACGCCACCCAGGAGGCUCAGGAUUGGCUGGACAAAUUAACCCAGAGCAGCCAAAACGACGGAUCCAGCCCCGGUUCCUCCUCUGGAUUGAACUCGGAGCCAUCGUCGUCCAAUCUAAGAAACCGCACGAAUGCGACAUCAGCGUCGGCUGCUGAUUCUCCAUCAGCAUCACGAUCGUUCACCAAGGAGCAGGAGUCGGGCAUCAGGCGCAUCAAGGAAACCAAAUCCAAGGGUGACCUCUACGGUGUUUUGGGACUCACAAAGGACUGUACAGACUCGGAGAUUAAGAAGGCAUAUCGAAAACUUGCCUUACAGUUCCACCCCGACAAAUGCAGCGCCCCUGGAACCGAUGAGGCCUUUAAGGCCAUCAGCCACGCUUUCACGGUGCUCAGUGACCCCGAAAAGCGAGCACGAUUCGAUAACUAUGGAGUCGAUUCAGACUCGCGCGGAGCCGAAGCGUCCCCAUUCGGAGGAAACCAUGGAUUCCAGGAGGUUUCGCCAGAGGAAAUCUUCAACAUGUUCUUCCGCGAUAUGGCGGGCGGCCCUGCCUUCCGGACUGCCACCUUCUCGGCCGGCGGUCCUGGCUUCCGAGCUCAGUUCCACAACAAUCCGUUCCAGCAACGACCGAUGCAACAGGACAACAGCAGCAAUGGAAACGGACUCCACAUCAUUCAGUUCCUCCCUCUGCUGCUGAUUCUGUUCUUUUCCCUGUUUUCAUGGGGGUCUCAUCAGGAGCCUGCUUUUGCGUUUUCUCAGUCAAGCCGCUAUUCAAUGUCGCGGGAGACUGCUCGGCACAAUGUUCAGUAUUGGGUUGAGCCGACAAACUUUGAGCGCCGUUAUGGCAACUCGCCCUCCCGACUGAGGCAACUUGAAGGCGAUGUUGAAGUUUAUUAUGCGAGAAAUCUGCAGCAGCGCUGCGCGUACCAACGUGAAAUACAGUACAACAAGAUGAUGCAGGCGCGGACCUGGUUUUCGGUGGACCAAAAGAAGCUCUCCGAAGCCCAAAAUAUGAAGCUCGAGGCCUGUGAGAAACUGGCUCGGUUUCAACGGGCAUAGGAGUGUAUGGGAGAGGGCUCAAGACUGCCAUCGACCAUCGGUUUGCCUGUUGGGUUCCCUGACAAGUAGGAUAGAUUCUCGAAACGUCCACAAAACGAAACGAGUCGCCUUGUUUGAGGCCGCCGAUCACUUUUUUUCUGGAUCUUGAAUACAUCCCAUCCAUUCCACCCA